GGGGACCGUUAAAGUCUCUGCACAAUGUGGAAAUGGGGAAACCUCUAAGGGAAGCUUCUGCAAAGGAUGAAGAAAUUAAAACUUAAAGAACUUGAAUGCUGUCUUCAGCAAGUUGAUGGUUUUGAGAAUCCAAAACUGCUACUUGAACAAUAUCCAACAAGGCCACAUAUAGCAGCAUGUAUGCUUUACACAAUUCAUAAUACGUUUGAUGAUAUUGAAAACAAGAUAGUUGCAGAUCUGGGAUGCGGUUGUGGUAUGCUGAGCGUCGGCAGUGCCAUGCUGGGAGCAGGGUUGUGUAUAGGCUUUGACGUUGAUCCUGAUGCUCUGGAAGUAUUUAACAGAAACUCGGAGGAGUUUGAGCUCACAAACAUUGACAUGGUUCAGUGCAAUGUAUGCUCUUUAUCUGAAAAAAUGGUAAAAACAUUUGAUACAAUUAUUAUGAAUCCUCCCUUUGGAACCAAGCACAAUAAAGGGAUGGAUGUGGCUUUUCUCAAGACAGCUGUGCAGAUGGCAAGAACAGCUGUUUACUCUUUGCACAAAACGUCCACCCGCGAGCAUAUUCAGAAGAAAGCUGAUGACUGGAAAGUGAAAAUGGACGUUCUAGCAGAACUAAGAUACGACUUACCAGCAUCAUAUAAAUUCCACAAAAAGAAAUCGGUUGACAUAGAAGUAGAUUUUAUUAGAUUCUCAACAGAAAAGAAGACAAAUGAAGGAAUGACUUAAAACGUCUUAAAAGUAGA